AUGGGAGAAGUGGCUGUGGCCCCUCGGCACACAGGAGUAGGAGAAGAUAGUGGAGCUGCUGCGGGCCGCGUGGCAGGAGGCAGCAGGCUCUUGUCCAGGAUCACUGGGAUGCAAGAGGGGGUUGUCUCCGCCUCCCCUGAAGAUGCAGGAGAAGACGUGCCGGCCGACGUCCCUGCCUCCAGCCUAGUCAGGGGACACCAGGAGGAUCUGCACAGAGAACCGGUCGGGAAGCAUUAUCUGCGGCUGGUGGGGUCACAGCACCCAUGCAGCCAGGUGGUGAAAAGUCACGCCUUGCAGUUUGGAGGUGAUCUUGAUAUUGUGGAAGGUGAAGCAGAAGGAAGUCCUCAGUGGAAUGAGAGUCAACAUGAAGACCGUGAACGACAGCCGUAUACAACAGCAGUGACGGGCAGUAUAUUGGCACGUCAGGCUAUAAACACGCAGCAGGAGAAUCCGGGCAGCACCGAAGAGAGCGGCGCUGGAGAAAGAGAUGUGCAGUACAUAGUGAUCCCUAUAAUGGCGGAGAGGACCAAUAAUAAUUCUAAAACCAUGUGCUAUUAUCAAGGAUAUGUAGAAGAUCAUCCACACUCAGCAGUAGCCAUCAACAUAUGUGCUGGACUUAGGGGUACCAUGUACUCGAAGGAGUUUAUGUACAUCAUUGAGCCAGAUGGACCUCUGCUGGACUUCAGGCACAUCGUGUACAAUAUCGAAGCUUAUGAAACUGAUCUGAAAUGUGGCCUACACAUAUCCAGCCUGGAGACUGUGGGAGCCAACAGCGGUCAUGCACAGGAAACACAUGAACGGGGAACAGCAUACUUGGAGCUAUUUAUGGUGGUUUCUCAUUUACAGUUCCAAUUCCAUGAUGAAAAUGCCACAUCUCUCGUGGAGGCCAUGCUUGAACUUAUUAACCAUGUCAAUACUGUCUUCAAGGCUUUGAACACACAGAUAGUCUUGGUGGGUCUAGAAAUCUGGUCCAACAGGAACCUCAUUAACACAGAAAGAGAACUGGCCGGUCAGAUCCUCUCAGAUUUCAUAGAGUGGAAAAAGAAGUCCUUAGAUGAUCGGAUAACUUAUGAUGCUGUAGGAUUGUGUUUGAGAGAGAACAAAAUGUCGUCAUCUGGACUGGCACGAUGGGGUGGGGCCUGCGAUCCUGAUAACUCAGCGUUCAUUUCUGUGAUGGAUCUUGAUAAGCUGCUGGCAAGCGCUGCCACCUUCAUACAUGACUUGGGUCAUCUUCUAGGAAUGAAGCAUGAUGCCCUGGGAUGCAGCUGUCACUCUGGUAAACUAGCUUGUGCUAUGGCUGGAGAAGGCUUGUUGUCAUUUAGUUUUAGUGACUGCAGCGUGACAGAUAUGGAGAAGUUCUAUGCAAGUGACAACGCUUCUUGCCUGUGGAACGAUCCAGCCCCUGACCUAUCCUCAGUGAAGAAUCAGUGUGGGGACAAUAUAUUAGACUCUGGGAAGCAGUGCCACUGUGGCUCUGUAGAGGAAUGUCCAAAAAAUUUAUGCUGUAACCCAGUAACUUGUACAUUGAAGGAGAAUGCCACAUGCUCAUCAGGGCCAUGCUGCCGUAAGUGUAAGUUUGUGGCUGCAGGGACUGUAUGCAGAUUGCCCAGCACAGAGUGUGACCUUGCAGAGUAUUGCGAUGGUAAAUCCAGCACUUGCCCUACAGAUGUAUAUCACCAGGAUGGCUCUCCUUGUAAUGAUGGACAGUCUGUCUGCUACAAGAAAAACUGCUAUGAUUACAAUAAACACUGCCAAAGGUUAUUUGGGAAAGGUGCCGGAGCGGCUCCUCUUUCCUGUUUCCAGACUGUGAACACUGCUGGUGACCGGUUUGGAAACUGUGGGGCAGACAGUGAGCUGCUUGAGUGCGACAUUCAGGAUGUUAUGUGCGGACAGCUUCAGUGCUGCAAUGUGAGCAGAGACCUCCAUCAUCACAAACCAGCCUCCUAUAUCACAACUCCCGCAGGAGACGCGCUGUGUUGGGGUCUUGAUUUCCACUCCCGUGCAGGAUCCUAUGGCCGGGGCGCUGUUCCAGACGGGGCAUUAUGUGACAAAGGAAAGAUUUGCUUGGACAGAAAAUGUGUGGAUUUCUCAGUACUAGGAUAUGACUGUGAUACAAAGAGAAAGUGUGCCGGUAAAGGGGUGUGCAAUAAUAGGAAGAACUGCCACUGUGAUGUGGAAUGGGCCCCACCGCACUGCAACAGGAGCGGCUCUGGAGGGAGUGUAGAUAGUGGACCACCGACCAAGGACUCCUUUGUCAGAUACAUAUCACCUAGACAAGCAACGUCUGGAGUUUCUGAUGAAGUAGAGCACUGGGAUGCAUCGCUAUUAACCCUUGCUUGCCUUCCUAUCCUGGCUGCAGCAUAUGCUAUAGUAUCUGACAUAUGAUCUUCA